CGGAGGCAGAGCCCCGCGGGCCGGCAUGGCGGGCCAGUUCCGCAGCUACGUGUGGGACCCGGUGCUCAUCCUGUCGCAGAUCGUCCUCAUGCAGAACGUCUAUUACGGCUCUCUGGGCCUGUGGCUGGCGCUGGUGGACUGGCUGUUGCGCGGCAGCCCCUCGCUGGACCAGAUGUUCAACGCCGAGAUCCUGGGCUUUUCAACCCCUUCAGGCCGGCUCUCCAUGAUGUCCUUCAUCCUCAACGCUCUCACCUGUGCCCUGGGCUUGCUGUACUUCAUCCGGCGAGGGAAGCAGUGUCUGGAUUUCACUGUCACUGUCCAUUUCUUUCAUCUCCUGGGCUGCUGGUUCUACAGCUCCCGUUUCCCCUCGGCGUUGACCUGGUGGCUGGUCCAAGCUGUGUGCAUUGCGCUCAUGGCUGUCAUCGGGGAGUACCUGUGCAUGCGGACGGAGCUCAAGGAGAUCCCCCUCAACUCAGCCCCUAAAUCCAAUGUCUAGAAUUGGGUCCUUUGGACACCCUGCUGGGCAGUUGUGCCCCCCCAACAUGUUGGGUUGCUCGGACCUUCUAGAUGAGGUCCAGCCCAGGUCUGAGAGGAACCCUGGAAAUGUGAAGUCUGUUGGUGUGGGAGAGAUAGUGAGGCCCUGUCAAGAAGGCAGGUAGCAGUCAGGAUCACAGCUACAAGAAUGGCCUCGUCUGCUGAAGCCUUGGUAUGUGGGAGGUCAGCAAAGGGACCUCUUUCAGGGUAAUAACAGAAUUGGAACCAUGUCACUCUUGAGCCAUCAUACCUGUCACCAGCCUGUUGUUUUAAAAAAGAAAAAAAUCAAGGAUAUCUGAUUGGAGCAAACCACUCUUCUAGUCAUCUGUCUUAUCUCCCUAGGACAGCUGUUAUCUUUGUCAUGUUGCCGAACCGCAGCUAUUCUGUUUGGAGAAUCACUUGGUGCCUGGAUUCAUAGCCACAGAAAAAGAUGUAGGUGCAAAGUAUUAGGCUGCUCUCAGGGAGAGGACAGCAGAUGGAGGCAAUCAAGCACAAAGAAAAUGCACAGCCUGUGUCCUGCUACAUGCAUGUGUGUGUGCACCCAUGAACCCAUGACUGAUUUCCAGUUUUCUCUACUGGGUCCCCACCCUGCUGCCAGCUUUCAGCAUAAUAGGCCUUAGGACCCAGAGAAGAGUCCCAGCAUUGCUCUCAACCUAACCCUCGCAAUAGAAUCUCUGGGAAUGAUCAGGCACCUCAGCUCCCACUGACGUCAGCUCUGGCAGUAGGUCCUUUUUCCUGACUUAUUUGGAAUUCUGCAGUGGGAGGGGUAUGAGGGGCGCACAGAGACAGGAAGCCCAAUCUUCCAGCUCAACCUGCACUGACAGGGCUGAGGGAGAUAGGAAUUUGCUGUUAAGAUUUUUCUUGGGAGUGGAGUGUCCUCUGUGAGGGGCUUGCAGCUGUCCUUCCUAUGUACAUAAAUACAGUAUUUUCCACGGUUCUGCCUGUACUUACUUUGUAAUGCCAUGGGUGGGACUGUGAGAGAUCAGCAUAGCCAGGCAAGGGAGCUGUAGAUAAAGAAUUAUUAGGUCACCUUCUCUUCUAGAUCCAGAUUAUUCCUCCAUUUGGUUAAAAUAUUAAGUGCAGGGAACUCCUAUGUCCCACUCCCUCCACCUGCAGCCUCCUCUACUAUAUCUUGGGUGAACCGCCAUGACUCUCAGGAUUGCUUUCUCACUUGCUGGUGAUUUCUGAACAUGUCCAGUGGAAUGCACUGGUCUGUACCUACUUCUGCAUUGAAACCACUGGUGUUCCUAUUUGGGUUCUCUGGAGUCUGCCCACGAGAGCUGUCAGUUCUCAGCUUUUAAUGUUAGGGCUACACAGAUGAGUUUUGCAUCUCCCCAGGAAGCCUUUCUAGCCUCCUAGCCCCCUCCCCUCCGGAGUAGGGUGUUGAGGCUGACAAGAUGAAGGUUUAAGAGUGAAUGUGCCUGGGCAGAGGCUUGGGAAAGUGCUAGGGUGAGGCACCUCCGUAACUCAGGGUGCUCUGGCUAAGUUGGAAGCAGCUUUAUAAUAGAUUCUGAUCCUGGCUGCAGGGUCCUGGAGGCAAGACCAGCUGAGAUGACUUCCCCUAGGUUGCUGGAUUUUUCUCCAGACACCACAAACACCAAAGGCACGUGACUGACUAUUUUGAGAAAGGCAUCAGCACACUUAUGGCUGCCAUCUCCCUUGGUCACCUGUGGUGGUUGCUCCAAGGGUGAUGGCAUACCUCUUUGGGGGUUUCCUUCAGGAGCUUGUGCUCUUCUACGUAUUUCCUGAGAUGACAAAUCUUUUUUGGAUACUGCUGAAAGUCAGGAGAGCCAAUUUAAAAAAAACAAAACACAAUGACUGAGCCGAAUGAUGGGGUAAAAACAUGUGACCUUCGUUAUUUUAUAUAUAUAUAUAUAUUUAUAAAGUAACAAUAAAAGCAGUAUCUAGAGGCAAGUUCCGGAGAGAAUUGGGCAAUGGCAGUGAUGUCAUUUUAUUAAUAAAUAACAUCUAUUGAGUGCUUAACAGAUGUCCACCAGUGGGCUAAGUGUUUUACAUCUUCUUGCUCACUUAAUCUUAACAAUUUUCUGAAGUAGAAAAUAUUUUCUGUAUUUUACAGAUGAGGAAACUGUAAGGAAUUUCCAAAGGUUACAUGUUAGGAGCUGGCAGAGCCAGGAUUUAGGCUUCAGUAGUGACAUUAAUAAACUUUCUGAAGACUUUAAAUAGUU